UCUCUCUCUCUCUCUCUCUCUCAAAUGGGUUCUGGCAUUUAUUGCAUUGCUAGCCAAAGAGUUCUUCCUUUUGCCAUUUUCAUUCUGAUCACCUUCUUGAUGGGCUCUUCUCUAUUGGAAUUCAGAGCUGAAGGUAGAGCCAUUCUUAAGCACACUGACUCUUCCAAGGGACAGGCAAGGAGUGAAUCAAAGGCAAGUGUGAGGAGAAUUCAGAUAGGCUCAGCACCACCGAGAUGUGACAGGAAGUGCAGCUCCUGUGGGCACUGCGAGGCCAUCCAAGUGCCUGCAAAUCCUCAAGACAAGAGAGCCAACACCUCCAGAGUCUUCAGGGUGGACUACUACUACUACUACUCAAGAGGUGAUGACAGCUCCAACUACAAGCCCAUGAGUUGGAAAUGCAAGUGUGGCAAGUUCAUUUUCAAUCCAUGACCAUCAUAUUCUUAAUAUUUUCUUUCCUUUUUUUUUUUUUUUUUGGUUGUGGGGGUAAAACCCAUUUUUGAGGUUGUUUGUACAUUAAGUUUAUUACAGCACUGAUUACUGAUUGCUUCUCGGGUGUAGAGUAGUCUCUGUGAUUUAAUGAUUGAUGAACAUCUCUAGUCGAUUUUUGUUGUUGUUAUGUAUUGCUUACCAUAAGAUUUCUUCCAAUUUGAUUGAGGGAGCAGCUAU